AGGGGCCUCCCGCGCCCCCCGCGCUCCAGACGAUGCGCUCCGCGGCCGCCGCCGCCCUGCUCGCCGCGGCCGGCGCGCCCACGCGGCCGCGGUCACGGACCUCGCGGGCGGCGCGCCGUUCGAGCUCAACGGCGGGGAGGCGUCCGGCGUUGCGGUGUCGCGCUACACCGACGCGGUCGGAAUCGCGUGCUACCUGGGCCCGUGGCACGAGCUCUACGAGGGCUCUGGCUCGAGGGGCAGGUGCAACCUGGUGCAGGGCGGAGAGGUCGUGGGGGACACUCUCGUGCAGGAGUCCGACUGGACGCUGCACAGCGCGAUGGCGCGCCUCACGGAGGAGACGACCAUUUGGUGCUACGCGGACGGGGAGAACUCCUUCGAGCUGAAGUGCCGCAAGGUCAACCGCGACGGCACCACUCUGUCCGUAGAGGCGUCGGGGGAGCUGUCCGUCAAGGGCAACUCCGUCAACGUGCUGGGCUCGAGCGUGAUCUCGGCCACCCGCUUCUCGGACGCGUCGGCGGUGGUGUGCUCCGACAACCCCCAGGUGCAGGCGGCCAACCCCAGCACCCGGGGCCCGCUGCAGUGCGGGCUGCUGAUCAUCAAGGCCGCGGACGACGAGUGGUGCCCCUCAUGCCUCGACGCCAACAGCAACUCCGGCAUCAAGUCGCUGGACACUGGCAGCAUCGAGUCUCUGUCGGUCAUCAGCUUCUCCGAGAGCGUCGGCGCCGUGUGCUACACGAGCGGCGCCGAGGUCGCCUGCACCAUGCUAGCGCUGUCGGGCUCGGACGUGUCCGACAGCAGCCUGGACUUCGGCGUCACCCUGACUCUGAGCACCAGCGGCGCGAACGCGGCCGCCGCCGCUCUGUCGGCAGACGCAGGCUUCGUGUGCUACACCGAGGGCGAGUCGGCGCUGUGCCGCAAGCUGAGCUUCGAUGGCUCUGCGCUCAGCAAGGGUGAGCCGGUCGAAGUCUCUCAGGGGGCUCUCUCGCAGAUGGCCCUGGCGGCUUUCUCCGAGGAGACCGUUGUCGCCUGCCUACAGAGCGCUGCCGACAGCGGCGUUCAGUGCUACGCGCUGGAUGCCGAGACGUCUGCGCCGGGUGCCGCCUUGUCGAUCGACGACGCUGCUGCAGGGCAGCAGCUCGCCCUCGUGAGCCUCACGGACACCGCUGGCCUCCUCUGCUACGAGACCUCGUCCAGCCAGGGCGUCUGCAGAGACCUGUCGCUGGCGCCAGGAACCGCCACCUCGGUGACGACGACCCCGCACACGACGACCGCCACGGAGACGACUGCCACGACAGCGACCGCCACGACCGCGUCCACCGAGACGGUGACGGCGUCGUCGACGUCCUUCGCGACCACGACGCUCUCGGCCACGACGGCCACUGGCACGAGCAGCGCCACGGGCACCGCCACCUCCGGCACCGGCCCCGAGGUGAGCACCGCCCCGGCCAGCACCACCGCGGCGGAGAGCGGCGCCACCGCGCCCACGCCGACCGGCGCAGACGCGGCGACCACCAGCGCGCGGGGCAGUGCCACGGAGCCGGCGGGCACGUCGGCGGAGGCCUCCGUGGUGGACAGCGGGGCCCCCGGGGCAGCAGGCCUCGGGCGGGCCGCGGCGGGCGCGCUCGCGGCCGCGGCGCUCUGGUGCUGGUGAGAGGGCCGGCGGCGCGCGAGGGGCCGCUGGGAGGGGGCGACGGGGAGGUUCUCUUCUUCGACGGCAGCGGCCCAGGCGUCCUGGGCGCGCGCGCACGCGCGCACCAGCCGCGCGGCGCGAGGCUCGCGGGGCUCGCGGCUCGGGCCGGGGGCAAGGACCCCUCGGGCGGGCUGCGCGAGGUCGCGCACGGCAGCCGCGUCCCGCGCUCGCGCGGCAUCCCCGUGAGAGCACGGCGGUGUGGAGAGGGAUUCGGAGGGGCGCCCCCAAAUGAUUCGGUCUGGCCGAUCCUCGCAGUCCGCGGUCUCGUUCUCCCAGCCCCGUGCCCGUCCCGCAGGCGCGGCACAAGUCCGCAGGACGCCAAAGCGCGUGGCGUGGAAGCUCGCCGAAAUGCCGAGCUCAGAGUUUCGCGAAAACGUCACCUGCGGGGCCCCGUCUUCCUCCUGAGUGCGUCAG